UGGCACACUGAGUGAAUGUUAUCGUCCUGCAGCCGGCGCCGGCCGCGUAGUUAUCGAAUUAUCAACAGGGUCAAUAGCUGGGCUGAUAGUUGGGAGGAAGCGCUCCCCGGAAAAUCAGAGUGGAUCAGUCAGAGUGCGCGCUCAACGAACCAGCUUUCCCCUCAAGACGAUCUGAGGACUGCGAUUCUUUCUCUAGUUAAUUUAGUCCACGACAAUAUUGAUAAGUUGGAGCGGCAUGAGCUCAGGGAGAAACAACUGGGAGAACAGAUUAAAAAAGCUUUUGGAUCUCUUGAUAAACGAUUAAAAACGCAGGAAGGGAAAAUGGAUCUCCUGGUGAGCAACCUCGCGGAACUGACGGGCAAAUAUGACAACUUGGAAAAAUCUAUCGACUCACAGGCGUCAAAUCAGCUAAACCUGAAAAAUAGUGGCUAUCAAACCUAUGUUAAUAUACCAGAGACGAAGACGGCGGAAAUAAAAGCACUAGGUGAUAAAGUGGACUCUCUAGGAGCAAUGAUAAACCGACUAGAGGAUAGAAUAUCUAAUGAAGUGGCUCAGUCAACGGCAAUGCUGAGGAACUCGACAGACUAUAUGAUUCAGGAGAUUAAUAAAGUUGCAUCAAACCCAGGCCAAGGAGGUAGUGAUGAAAGAGCACUAACAGAAGUACAGGGGAAAAUGGAUCAGAUGGUGAAUGAUGCUAAGUUUGAAAUUAUAAAGAUUACUGAGAAGAGCAGACUGAGCGUGGACGAUAAGAUCCAUGGGUUAGAGACAUUGUACACAAACGGACAGUCCGAACUGUACAAGUCACUCGGUGAUCUGACAGACAUAACAGAACAUAUGUUUGCCGAUAUACAAAAGCGUUACGAUCAACUGUCGAAAGAAGUCAAGGCCCUUGUCAAAGUGGAACAAGUUCUCAUACAGACUGCAGACAAUGUUCUAGACAUGAAGCGAAGGAUCGAGUAUGGAACACACCAAAUUCUAGUCGAAAUGGGUGACUUGGUCCGACUCAGCUCGAAAGAGCUUAACGCUACUCUUAACUAUAGGUUCGAUAAUCUCACAAGUUCACUAGCUUUUAACCAUAACCACACGUUGACAAACCUGAGUAUUAAGGUCGAAACGGAGAUAAGUCAAGUCUGGAGACAGAUAGGUAUAAUGUACACGACUCUGACAGCAUCCGCCGAUGUGCUGAACAAGGUCCAGGACCAGACAGAGCUAUACAUUAAUCAGACUGAAACGACCUUAGGAGGGAUGGAUGACAAGGUCGGAAAAAUCACUGAACGCAUGUCGGAGGUCAGCGAUGAUUUGAAUUACUUGCUGGGACGAUUGUCCUUGGUCACCCAAGAGUUCAAUCAAAUUAAGACUGGGCUUGGAGUGGCGCUGGAUCAGAUGAAAAGUACAUUUGCCACUAUCCAAAAUAACAACGAUCCAAACCCUGGACCGAAGCCGAUCCCAGACCUCCCGGAAUCGACUGAUUUAUCAAGGACCAAUUAUUCAACGAAAUAAUAUUCAGCGAUAUGUGCUUUCAGAGGAAAAAAAGAAACACAAGUAAAAAGUACAUCAACGGUUGUACAAGCACAUUUUUUCGAAUUUCUUUUUUGUUCGCCUGACUCCAUGGAGGAUUAUAUACUAGGUUUGAAUUUUACGUGUUUUUUUUUUGUUCCUGACUUCAUGGAAGAUUAUACACUAUCAGAGUUUCAAUUUCAAACGAUAAAUCAAAACCACCGAAAUCAGUAUUUUUCUGACAUUAGAAUGAGAGAAAUUUCUCACCGAAAAAGGUCGCAAGACAUUCUGCAAAAUGUCAACCUUGAAAAUCAGUAUUUUAUAUCUUCCUCCGAUAAGGUGAAGUAACCUUAACUAUCUUAAGAAAUGCCUGAUACUGUGCUCGUACUCACUAUUUUACUGUGCAGACUGCUUUUGUACAUACCUGAUGAAAAUUUGUAAAAUUGUACGAUAAAACUGAUUGAUGUUCAAUAA